AUGUGUCCCCAUCCCUCCGCAGGCCUCCUGUCCCCUGCCACCCUGGCGCUGCGCUGCAUGGAUGGCGUGUUCCUCUCGCCCAACGAGGAUGAGUUCGUGGGAAGGAUCACGGAGGAGCUGGAGCACUUCAUGCUGCAGGGGCAGCACCACCGGGUGCUCCUGUUCCCCCCGCUGUCCAGUCGCCUCAGGUACCUGAUCCACCGCACCGUGGACAGCGUGGAUUUGUUGAGCAGCUUUUCCGUGGGAGAAGGAUGGAGGAGGAGGACGGUCAUCUGUCAUUCAGCCGUAAGGCUGCCCAGUGAAACCAGCGACCAAAAACCCAGCAGCAACCCCCUGAGACCGCAGCGACCUCCACAGCCGUGGGGCCGGGGGGGCCAUGGCGGCAGGCUGCGGCACGGCGGGGAGCUGCACGGUGACAACUCCCGAGCCUGCGUGGGGUCUGGCAGGAUAAAAAGACCACCCUGGAAGAAACCAGAUAAAGCCCUGUACGUCCCCAAAGCGAUGCGCAAGAAGGCAGAAUGGAGGGAGCAGGAGAGGCCGGGGGCGGCUGGCACCGAGGCAGGUGGGGAUGUGGCACAAGAAGGAGAAAUCUGCCCUAAAGCUUCAGCUGGGGACACCCAGGAGGAACUGGGUACGUCUGAAGGCAGCCCAGGUGUCUCCUUGGCCCUUGGCAAGCGACAGGAGCCUGGCGAAGAGUGUGUUUCAGGAAAAAAUAAUGACAAAACCGACGAACGUCCUCCAUGCUCUACAGCUGUCCCACCGUUAGAGAAUAGCAACGAUUUCUCUGGGCAGGAAAGUCAGGAUAAAGACUGUUCAGAUUCCCUUUCUUCUGUACACAAUAAAACCCCAACUGAAGCCGAAAAGCAAGAUCGGAGCUGUGACAACACUAUCGAAGGUAGCGAAAUCCUGUGCCAGCUGCAAGCUGAAGACCAAAACACCCGCGAUGCCGGUGAAACGGAGCGCAGCGAAAACUCCUCCCUAUCGGAACGUCGCAGCGGUAACUGCUGGACGGACCCGGCUGCGGUCGAGUCGAGCGCGACGUCGCUGGUGCUGGAAAACCAAGAUAAGAGCUGUGCCGCUGCCAAGAGCCUGGAGGGUGGCAAAAACCUGCCACUGCCUGAAGAACAGGGUGAGGACUUGGUGAAUGCCGGCACCAGGGAGGGAGGCGAGAGUUUCUCCAAACUGGAAAGCCAAGAUGAAGAGUGCCCCAGCAUUGCCCAGGUGGAGCUUAACCAGAACCUCCCAGAAGCCCAAAACGAGCCUCUGGCUGCACCAGAGCCGGUCCGUGGUGCUGACCCAUCAGCUCCUGAGCACCAGAGCGAGCCCGGGGUGGAUGCUGCUGGGCAGAGCCGCAGUGGGAAGGUGCCGGUGGCAGGAGAGGAGGACAAGGAGCGCUCGGGCAUGGCCGAUGAGCUGUGGCAUGAGCUGCGGUUGUCUGCGGGCGAUAAAGAGGAGAGCGCGGCCGGCCGCGGGCAGAGCAGCCUGGAGGACGACUGUACCGCAGAGCUCUUGGCAGAGAUUGUGGGUUAUUUAACUGUGAAGGACAUAUGCAUUGAGAAGAUCAGCCUUGAUUAUUCCAGCUACGGAGACGCACAGCUCAGCGAGGGGGAUUUUGGCCACGUAACCGAGAUCUAUGACUUCACCCCAUCGCUGAAAACGGAGCACCUGAUGGAAAUAUUCUCAGAUUUCCACGAGAGUGGUUUCAAAAUCCAGUGGGUCGAUGAUACGCACGCCCUGGGAAUCUUCUCCAGCCCCUCCACAGCAUCUCAAGCCCUGGGACGACGUUAUCCUUCUUUAAAGAUCCGACCAUUGAUCCACGCAACAAAGCAGUCGAAAAUCAAGGCACUUCAGCGACCAAAGCUCCUUCACCUCUCAAAAGAAAGACCCCAGACCGACACGGCCGUGGCGAAGAGGCUGGUGACCCGGGCGCUGGGUUUGAAGCACAAGCAGCAAGGCGGCUCGGUCCCCGAAGGGCUCCUGCCAGAAACCUUGGACCAGGAGGAAUAA